AUGGAUUGGCUAGUCACCCAUGAGGUGUACAACGUCUGCCAAGGGCGAAAGUUCAGCAACGAUGAAUGUCCAACGGUCGAAGUCAUCUCAGCUGGUAUGGAGAGCCUGGCGUUCGGGAAUACUAACACGGUCUCGCAAUUCAAUGAGCAGCAGCGCCGUCUCCAGACGAGACGUCGCACCACUCCACUCACUGGCCCUGAAGCAGCGGCUCACCGCGCCAUUCAUAAGAGCCCCAAACCACCACGCGAGGCAGUGUCCACAGGCGGCAACAUAGAGGAUGAUGUCGACUCAACAAACGUGUUAGUGGAUCUCGAGGUAGAUGUGGACCCGGCCCGCGAAGUUGGUGGGUCUGUGAGCGUGGGCGAGGAUGAGGACGAGUUGGAGACAUUGGCUACGGAGCUGUUGAAUGUUGAUUUACUAACAAAAACCCGUGAUUCAGGACCAGAAUUACUACUUGCAAGCGCUGAAGAUGUCUCUUUCGACAUGGACGGAGACUUUGCGGAGGAAGAGGAUGACACUAAUAACCAUGAUUGGGUUGAACCAGAAGAUGCGUUGGCUGACACAGACUUAUAA